AGUUGAGUAAAGAUUUUUCUCUGACAAAGCCAUGGUCACUGCUGCUGAGUAUGGACAUAACUCAUGGGAGCUGUCUAUUCAAGUGGACCAGCAGAAAGAAGAGGAGAUGAUGAAGUUUAAAAUUCUGGUUAAAGGGGACCUUCACAUUGGAGGACUUAUGCUGAAACUGGUUGAGAAAAUUAGGGCCCCUCAGGACUGGUCAGAUCAUGCCCUGUGGUGGGAGCAGAAGAACUGCUGGCUGCUGAAAACUCACUGGACGCUGGAUAAGUAUGGAAUACAGGCAGAUGCUGACCUGCGCUUCACUCCUCAACACAAACCCUUGUGUUUGCAGCUGCCCAACAUGAAGACCAUUAAACUGACCGUCAGCUUUUCCUCAGUGGUCUUUAAAGCCGUAGCUGAAGUUUGCAGAGCACUCAACAUAAGAAGAUCAGAGGAAUUGUCCCUCCUGAAACCUCCAGAUGAUGGCAAAAAGAAAAAGAAAAAGGACAAGGCUAAGGAGUCAGAUGAAGAUGAUAUCAUUAACAUGGACAUUAUCGCUGGUUCAGCUGGUUCUGGCCACUACAGUAGGACCAUGACCGCAACAUAUGACCCUGAAAAUGGGAUGCCACUGUCGGCUACCAGUAUGUGGUUUGGAGAGAACCCUUUAAGUUCCAGCCAGCCUAACGUGCCUCCAGAAGAGCUGGUCAAGAUGUACCAGCCUCUCAGUCUGGAGGACAAAUCUGUCAUUAAUGCAGGGUGGUUGGACUCUUCAUGCUCUCUAAUGGAGCAGGGAAUCCUCGAAAAUGACAAACUCUUACUGCGCUUUAAGUACCAUUGCUUCUUUGAUCUUAAUCCAAAGUAUGAUGCGGUACGGAUUACACAGCUGUAUGAACAAGCACGUUGGGCCAUCCUACUGGAAGAGAUUGAGUGCACUGAGGAAGAGAUGCUGAUGUUCGCCUCACUACAGUAUCACAUAUGCAAACUGACCAUGUCAGCUAAUCCUGUGGACAAUUCUGACGAGCCUGAAAUCGAUGAAGUGGAGGCAGCACUCUCUCAUUUAGAAACCUCUCUCGAAGGACGGAGCACAGACAAGAUUUUGGAGGAUAUCACAGAUAUUCCAAAGCUGGAAGACACCCUAAAACUAUACAGGCCUAAACGACUGCUGAGGAAUUUUAAAGAGUACUGGUUUGUGUUUAGAGAUACCAGCAUUUCUUAUUACAAAAACAAAGAAUCAGCUAAUGGGGAGCCCAUAGAACAGCUGCAUCUACGAGGCUGUGAAGUUGUUCCAGAUGUCAAUGUGACAGAGAAGAAGUUUGGCAUCAAACUCUUGCUGCCUGUUGCGGAUGGAAUGAAUGAGGUGUACAUUCGCUGUGAUAAUGAGAGCCAGUAUGCUAAAUGGAAAGCUGCCUGCAUCCUGGCCUCUAAGGGCAAGACCAUGGCUUACAGCUCCUACCGCACAGAGGUGAAAAACAUCCAGUCUUUCCUGCAGAUGAAGAGUUUAGCGCCCCCACCUGGCCAAACUGCUCCUGACGUGGAGUCCAUGGACAUGAAUGCAGAAUGCUUUGUGUCUCCACGAUACUCCAAAAAAUACAAGGCCAAACAGCUGACCACAAAAAUUUUGGAGGCACAUCACAACAUUUCCCAGCUUACUCUUAUGGAGGCCAAAAUGCGUUUCAUUCAAGCAUGGCAGUCAUUGCCAGAGUUUGGCAUCAAGUACUACAUUGUCAGAUUCAGAGGGAGCAAGAAGGAUGAGAUACUGGGCAUCUCAUACAACAGGCUGAUCCGUAUUGACAUGGCUACACGCCAGCCGGUGACCACGUGGAGAUUUGCUAAUAUGAAACAGUGGAAUGUCAACUGGGAGAUCAGACAGGUGGCGUUUGAAUUUGAUCAGAACGUGUCUGUAGCUUUCACCUGUCAGAGCUGUGACUGUAGAGUGGUUCAUGAAUAUAUCGGAGGCUACAUUUUCCUCUCUACACGAGCCAAGGAUCAGAAUGAAACACUAGACGAAGAACUCUUUCACAAACUUACAGGUGGACAAGAAUGA